AACAUUUUACAAAGGGCAACAACAAAUGGGUUCCCCAAUCUUGACACUCAUUGAACAAGCCCAUGUAUCACCACCACCGGGCGCUAUAGGCGACAAGUUAUUGCCCCUAACCUUCUUCGACUUCUGGUGGCUAACCCAACCCCCGGUUCACUAUCUUUUCUUUUACCAGUCAUCCGUCACACAAACUCAAUUCAUUGAAACCAUUAUUCCCAAUCUCAAACACUCGUUAUCAAUCACCCUUCAACAUUUUUUCCCAUUCGCGGGUAACUUAAUAGUGUAUCCCACUUCCACUAAAAACCCAGAAAUCCGUUGUGUCGAAGGUGAUUCUGUCGCAGUUACUUUCGCAGAAUGUAACCUUGAUUUUAACAAACUAACCGAAAACAAUCCACGUGAUUGUGACAUGUUUUACCAUCUUAUACCUCCAUUAGGGCAUACUGAACAAACUUUAUUUCUGGGUCCGUCACUGGACUUCACAAAGAUCCCUGUAUUCUCUCUUCAAGUAACACUUUUUCCAAACUAUGGAAUCUCUAUUGGAAUGACAAAUCACCAUUGUCUCGGUGACGCUAGCACGCGGUUUAGUUUCUUAAAGGCGUGGACGUCGAUAGCUCGAUCUGGUACGGAUGAGUCGUUUCUAGCUAAUGAAACUUUGCCGUUCUACGAACGGCUUGUUAAAAACCCGAAACUAGAUGAAAGUUAUCUAAAGUUUGUCAAAGUUGAAAAGUUUAAAGAAGAGUAUCAACCUAAAAUACUAUGUGGACCGAUUGAUAAAGUUCGAGCCACCUUUAUAUUGUCUCGAACCAUGCUUAAUAAAUUGAAAAGUUUGGUUUUAACCCAACUACCAACAUUAGCAUAUGUAUCAUCUUUCACGGUUGCGUGUGCUUAUAUUUGGAGUUGCAUAGCGAAAACACGCGACGAUGGGGUUCAAAUGUUCGGUUUCACUAUCGAUUGUCGCACGCGUAUGAAUCCGCCAUUCCCAUCGGCGUAUUUCGGCAACUGUCUUGGAGGGUGUAUGGCUAUGGAAAACUCUAAACAGUUAACGGGAAAAGAAGGGUUUGUGACCGCUGCAAAGUUGAUAGGUGAAAGUUUACAUAAGACGUUAACCGAUAAGGAUGGUAUGUUUAAAGAAAUAGAGUCAUAUGGUGACUUGUUUUCUAAUGGGAUUCCGGAAACAAUGAUUGGUGUUGCUGGAACACCAAAGCUUAAGUUUUAUGAUAUGGAUUUUGGGUGGGGUAGGCCCAAAAAGAUUGAAACAAUUUCGAUUGAUUAUAAUGGGUCGAUAUCCAUGAAUGCCUCCAAAGAAAAUUAUGAAGAUCUUGAGAUUGGUGUUUGUCUUUCGACUACUGAGAUGAAGUGUUUUGUUAGAAUAUUUGAGGAUGGGUUGGAGAAAUAUAUCUAGAUUUUUUUUGAAGGCGAACAAAUAGAAUAUUUCUAGUUGCGUCAAAUUAUUGUAAUAUUUCUAGAGUUUUGAACUUUUGAUUCUGAAUUUCUGAGUCGUAUAUUAUAAUAAAUAUUUUACAAA